AUGGCAGAGGUAUCACCAGAACAGCUGAAUUCCUUGAGAGGAUUUAAUCAGCAGCCUGCUGCAACCACUAAACAACCGCAAGAAACCGACUCAGCCUUACCCAAAGGCGUCGUCCUAGACAAAGAUGGAAAACCCUGUCGAACCUGCACCUCCGUCGCCUCAUGGCGCGCCCUCACGAAACAAGCGAAAGCCGACUCUCCCACAUCCUCCAGCGCAAACACAACCUCAACCUCAACAACGCCCACAAAGCCCCUCGCCGCACCGGCCACUCAGCCCGAAUCAACCAUCCCCGCAGACUGUCCACCCGACGUCGAAGCACUGGGCCGCUCAACCUGGACACUCCUACACACGAUGGCAGCGACGUACCCCGAGAAAGCGGAUACGCAGCAACAGUCCGAUAUGCAGGGCUUCCUGAAAUUGUUCUCGCGACUAUACCCGUGUUGGGUGUGUGCGGACGAUUUCAAGACGUGGAUGGCGCAUCCGAGUGGGAAGAACCAGCCGAAGUUGGGUGGGCGUGCGGAGUUUGGAUGGUGGAUGUGUGAGGCGCAUAAUGAGGUUAAUCGGAAGCUUGGGAAAAAAGAGUUCAAUUGUCGGUUUUGGGAGGAGAGGUGGCGAACUGGGUGGAAGGAUGGGAGGUGUGAUUAG